UAAAAUGAAUCAUGAAAUAGUAAAUUUUUGAAAAAUAUGUGAUUAAAACAUAAAACUUUUUUUCAAAUUCGUGUAUAAUUAUUUUAUUAAAAAUAGGGAGUUUAAAAAAAAUGCAUUCUUAAAAAAAAAAAAAAAAAAGGGAAUCAGGGCUAUAUCUACUUGUAUACGGGCUGUAAUUAAUUUAGAUUUAAGGAUUUUAAAUUUCGAUUGCUAAAGUAGAAAGCCCAGUCCCCGAAUCUCGAUUAAUUCAGAUUCUUGGAUGAGCUCAAAAUCUGGCUAGGGUUUUGAGCAACUGUCUCUGUGUGUAUAUUUACACAUACAUAAGCAUUCGAUCAUGGCACUGUCUACAACGUCACAGUCACUUAGGUUUAUUCCUCUGGCGGCUGCCACCGGCGCCGGAAACCUCGAUGCGUUGAAUCGCGUUCUUGCUGACCUCUGCACCCGCAAUCCUAAGGAUGGGGCUGCAUUAGCUUUGAGGAGGCAUGUGGAUGAACAUGCUCGCGAUCUCAGUAGUGAAGCAUUUUCCCGUUUUAUGGAUCUGCUGUAUGAUCGCAUUACUAGUCUCUUAGAGAGCAAUGAAGUCGCUGAAAAUAUGGGUGCUCUGAGGGCUAUUGAUGAGCUAAUAGAUGUUACAGUCGGAGAAAAUGCUGUGAAGGUUGCUAAAAUUGCAAAUUACAUGCGAACUUCUUUUGAGGCAAAGCGUGAACCUGAAAUUUUGGUUCUUGCAAGUGAGGUGUUGGGUCACUUGGUUAGAGCUGGUGGGGCAAUGACUGCCGAUGACGUGGAAUGCCUGGUGAAACUUGCACUGGAAUGGCUUCAGGGUGAUAGAAUUGAAUAUCGUCGUUUUGCUGCUGUUUUGAUAUUAAAAGAAAUGGCUGAGAAUGCUUCAACAGUUUUCAAUGUCCACGUGCCUGAGUUUGUAGAUGCUAUCUGGGUUGCAUUGAGGGAUCCAAAGCUGGAUGUUCGAGAGAGAGCUGUGGAGGCAUUGCGAGCUUGCCUUCAGGUUAUUGAAAAGCGUGAGACUCGUUGGCGUGUCCAGUGGUAUUAUCGCAUGUUUGAGGCAACACAAGAUGGAUUGGGCAAAAAUGCCCCUGUUCAUAGCAUACAUGGUUCUCUACUGGCAGUUGGAGAAAUGCUGAGGAACACAGGCGAGUUCAUGAUGUCAAGAUACAGAGAAGUUGCAGAAAUUGUUCUGCGAUAUCUAGAGCACCGGGACCGGCUUGUUCGUCUCAGCAUAACUUCUUUGCUUCCUCGAAUUGCCCAUUUCCUUCGCGACCGUUUUGUGAUAAACUAUCUGACGAUUUGCAUGAAGCAUAUACUUCAUGUUCUUAAAAUACCUGCAGAAUCUGCCAGUGGGUUCAUUGCUCUUGGUGAAAUGGCUGGUGCAUUGGAUGGUGAACUUAUCAACUAUUUGCCGACAAUAACUUCGCACUUGCGUGAUGCGAUUGCUCCUCGUAGAGGAAGACCGUCUCUUGAGGCUUUGGCUUGUGUUGGAAAUAUUGCAAAAGCAAUGGGACCCACUAUGGAGCCUUAUGUUCGUAGUCUCUUGGAUGUAAUGUUUUCUGUUGGUUUAUCCUUCACCUUGGUGGAAGCCCUCGAACAAAUAAGUGUCAGCAUCCCAUCUUUGCUUCCUACCAUUCAAGAACGGUUGCUUGAAUGCAUUUCAAUAGUUCUUUCCAGACACCAUCAUGUUCAGUCAAGGUCGUCUGUUGGUAUUACUCGGGCUAAUAGCAUAACUGCCAGUCUACAAGUAUUAGAACUUGGUGGUUCUCCUCCAGUUCAACUUGCUUUACAAACUCUUGCCCGAUUCAAUUUUAAGGGUCAUGAUCUUCUCGAGUUUGCAAGGGAGUCUGUUGUUGUAUAUUUGGAAGAUGAGGACGGUGCCACACGCAAAGAUGCUGCUUUGUGUUGCUGCAAAUUGGUGGCAAACUCAUUAUCAGGUGCCUCUUUUGCACCGUUUAGUUCCAGCAGGACUAGUCGUGCUGGUGGAAGGCGUCGCCGUCUUGUUGAGGAGAUAGUGGAAAAACUUCUUAUUGCAGCUGUGGCUGAUGCUGAUGUUACUGUUCGAAAAUCCAUAUUUUCCUCUUUGCAUGAGAAUGGAGGAUUUGAUGAUUUUCUGGCACAGGCUGAUAGUUUGACUGCUAUUUUUGCCGCCUUGAAUGAUGAGGAUUUUGAAGUUCGGGAGUUAGCGAUUUCUGUUGCUGGAAGACUAUCUGAAAAAAAUCCAGCAUAUGUUCUUCCAGCUCUCCGACGCCAAUUGAUUCAGUUGCUAACUUAUCUAAAACAAAGUGCAGAUAGCAAAUGUAGAGAAGAAAGUGCCAAAUUAUUGGGUUGCUUAAUUCGUAACUGCGAGAGACUAAUACUCCCAUACAUUGCUCCAGUACACAAGGCUCUUACUGCAAAACUCUCUGAAGGAACUGGGGUCAAUGCUAAUAAUGGCAUUAUAAGUGGAGUUCUUGUAACUGUUGGGGAUCUUGCCAGAGUGGGUGGCUUUGCCAUGCGGAAGUACAUUCCAGAACUUAUGCCAAUGAUUGUUGAAGCGUUACUGGAUGGAGCUGCUGCUGCAAAACGUGAAGUGGCUAUUACAACUCUAGGUCAAGUGGUACAAAGCACAGGGUAUGUUAUAACUCCAUAUAUUGAGUACCCACAGUUACUCGGGUUACUUUUAAAACUGCUCAAUAGUGAGCUAGCGUGGUCUACCAGACGGGAAGCUUUGAAGGUUCUUGGGAUAAUGGGUGCUUUAGACCCUCACAUGCAAAAGCACAAUCUACUAAGCUUGCCAGGGUCCCAUGUUGAAGUUGGCCGGGCAGCCAGUGAUCCUGGUCAACAUAUUAUGUCAAUGGAUGAACCACCAAUGGAUCUUUGGCCUUCUUUUGCAACGUCAGAAGAUUAUUAUUCCACAGUUGCUAUAAGUUCUCUCAUGCGGAUUCUUAGAGAUCCAGCACUGUCUAGUUACCACCAAAAGGUGGUUGGAUCUCUCAUGUUCAUUUUCAAGUCAAUGGGUCUUGGCUGUGUUCCUUACUUGCCCAAGGUCUUGCCUGAUCUCUUUCAUACUGUUCGUACGUGUGAUGAUGGUCUUAAGGAGUAUAUUACAUGGAAACUUGGAACUUUGGUUUCUAUUGUGCGCCAGCAUAUCCGUAAAUAUCUGCCAGAGUUGUUCUCUUUGAUAGCAGAAUUAUGGUCAUCCUUCAGUCCCCCUGCUGCUAACCGACCUACCCAUGGAUCUCCGAUUCUACAUCUGCUUGAGCAACUUUGCUUGGCACUCAAUGAUGAAUUUAGAACUCAUCUUCCUAUCAUCCUUCCAUCCUGCAUUCAAGUCCUCAAUGAUGCUGAGCGGUUUAAUGACUACACUUAUGUCAUUGACAUUCUCCACACUCUUGAAGUUUUUGGUGGUACAUUGGAUGAGCAUAUGCAUCUGCUUCUUCCUGCACUUAUUCGAUUGUUUAAAGUGGAUGCUUCAGUAGAUGUGCGACGUGCUGCUAUUAAAACCCUGACAAGAUUAAUUCCUCGCGUGCAGGUUACAGGUCACAUAUCAGCUUUGGUGCAUCACUUGAAACUAGUAUUGGAUGGAAAAAAUGGUGAGCUUAGAAAGGACGCUGUUGAUGCAUUAUGCUGCUUAGCUCAUGCUCUUGGGGAGGACUUCACUAUUUUCAUCCCGUCGAUCCAUAAGCUUUUGCUAAAGCAUCAUCUACGACACAAGGAAUUUGAAGAAAUUCAAGGUCGCUUGCAGAAACGGAAGCCAUUGAUCUCGGGGAGUACGUCUGCUCAAAGACUAAGUCGGAGGCUUCCUGUUGAGGUUAUUAGUGACCCUUUAAGUGAUGCAGAGAAUGAUCACCGCGAAGGGGGUACUGACAUGCAGAAACAACAUAAAACUCAUCAGGUUAAUGAUGUUCGAUUGCGGACUGCUGGGGAGGCUUCUCAGCGCAGUACCAAAGAGGAUUGGGCAGAGUGGAUGAGGCAUUUUAGCAUUGAGCUUCUGAAGGAAUCACCUUCACCAGCUUUAAGAACUUGUGCCAAACUUGCACAACUGCAGCCGUUUGUUGGGAGGGAAUUAUUUGCAGCCGGUUUUGUUAGCUGCUGGUCACACCUGCACGAGUCUAGUCAGCGACAGGUAGUACGGAGUUUGGAAAUGGCAUUUUCCUCUCCAAACAUACCUCCAGAAAUACUUGCGACACUUCUGAACUUGGCUGAGUUUAUGGAACAUGAUGAAAGACGCCUUCCUAUAGACAUCCGUCUACUUGGUGCUCUUGCAGAAAAGUGUCGUGCAUUUGCAAAGGCUCUGCACUACAAAGAGAUGGAAUUUGAAGGUGCACGCUCAAAUAGGAUGGAAGCAAACCCCGUUGCUGUUGUUGAAGCACUUAUCCAUAUAAAUAAUCAAUUACAUCAGCACGAGGCUGCAGUUGGGAUAUUGACCUAUGCUCAACAAAAUUUGGGAGUUCAACUGAAGGAGUCAUGGUAUGAAAAACUUCAGAGGUGGGAUGAUGCUCUCAAAGCUUACACUGCCAAAGCCUCUCAAGCAGCGACUCCACAUCUUGCUUUAGAUGCUACUCUAGGGCGGAUGAGAUGCCUCGCAGCUCUUGCUCGGUGGGAAGAGCUUAAUAAUCUGUGCAAGGAAUAUUGGACACCUGCUGAACCAGCUGCUCGUCUGGAAAUGGCACCAAUGGCUGCUAGGGCUGCCUGGAACAUGGGUGAGUGGGAUCAGAUGUCAGAAUAUGUUUCUCGACUUGAUGAUGGAGAUGAAACUAAACUUCGAGUUUUGGGAAAUACUGCUGCUACUGGUGAUGGGAGUAGCAACGGGACAUUUUUCAGGGCUGUUUUAUUAGUUCGGCGUGGAAAGCACGAUGAAGCCCGCCGCUAUGUUGAGAGAGCAAGGAAAUGUUUGGCCACGGAGCUGGCUGCAUUGGUUCUUGAAAGUUAUGAACGUGCAUACAGUAAUAUGGUUCGUGUUCAGCAACUAUCUGAAUUGGAGGAGGUCAUCGAUUACUGUACUCUUCCUGUGGGGAACCCUAUUGCUGAGGACCGGAAGGCUCUUAUUCGAAACAUGUGGAAUGAACGAAUAAAAGGAACAAAGAGGAAUGUUGAGGUCUGGCAAGCGCUUUUGGCAGUCAGGUCUCUUGUUCUACCACCCACACAGGAUGCGGAGACAUGGAUCAAGUUUGCCUCUCUGUGCCGUAAAAGUGGAAGACUUAGUCAAGCUAGAUCAACCUUACUUCAGCUUUUGGAGUUCGAUCCUGAAAUAACUCCUGAAACUGUACGUUAUCACGGAGAUCCUCAAGUAAUUCUUGCUUAUUUGAAAUACCAAUGGUCACUUGGAGAGGAUCAUAGGCGUAAGGAAUCCUUCACUCGACUGCAGGAUUUGACCAAAGACCUCUCAAGAACUCCAGUUCUUCGACAAGCUUCACAGUCUAGCUUAUUGGGUAGUUCAAAUGUACCUCUCCUUGCCCGUGUGUAUCUUAAACUAGGAAAUUGGCAGUGGGCACUUUCUUCAGGUUUGAAUGACGAUUCUAUUCAGGUGAUCAGUCGAACUCCACUCAACAACCCACCUAAUGCGUUCAGAAGUGCUACUCAUUGUGCAACAAAGUGGGCAAAAGCUUGGCAUAGAUGGGCCCUUUUCAACACAGCAGUAAUGUCUCAUUACACACUGAGAGGUUUACCCAAUGUUGCUGGACAGUUUGUCGUUGCGGCAGUCACUGGAUAUUUUCACUCCAUAGCUUGUGCUGCACAUGCCAAGGGAGUGGAUGAUAGUUUGCAGGAUAUUUUACGUCUCCUCACUUUGUGGUUCAACCACGGAGCUACUUCAGAGGUCCAAAUGGCAUUGCAGAAAGGAUUUUCGCUGGUUAAUAUCAACACGUGGUUGGUUGUUUUACCUCAGAUAAUUGCGAGGAUACAUUCCAAUAACCACGCUGUCAGGGAACUAAUACAGUCACUGUUAGUACGGAUUGGCCAAAGUCAUCCGCAGGUUUGUUUAUGUGUUAAACUUGUUGCAUGUUUAUCAUCAAGCUUUUUACUGUAAUUAGAGAGUUUUGAAGUAAUUCUUGAAGAUCUUGAAGAACGAAGCCUUAGUUAAUCUUCCAUUCGUCUAACUUUCUUUGAGCUUGCAAGAUACUUUUAGUCACUUGUAAAAUGGCAUGAGAUGUGGCACGAAGCAUUGGAAGAGGCAAGCCGCUUAUACUUCGGGGAACAUAACAUUGAGGGAAUGCUCAAGGUUUUGGAGCCAUUGCAUGAAAUGCUCGAGGAAGGAGCAAUGAGGAACAAUACUACCAUAAAAGAGAAAGCCUUCAUUCAGGCUUACCGCCAUGAAUUGUUGGAGGCCUAUGAAUGCUGCAUGAAUUAUAGAAGAACUGGAAAAGAUGCGGAAAUUAAUCAGGCUUGGGAUCUCUAUUACCAUGUAUUCAGGCGGAUUGAUAAGCAGCUUCAAACUCUCACCACCCUGGAUUUGCAGUCUGUUUCUCCAGAACUUCUGGAGUGCCAGGAUUUGGAACUGGCCGUUCCUGGAACCUAUAUAGCAGAUUCACCAGUGGUGAAAAUUGCAUCAUUUGUGCCCCAGCUUUCUGUCAUCACAUCGAAACAACGACCUCGUAAGUUGACAAUUCUUGGGAGUGAUGGAGAAGAGUAUACUUUCUUGCUGAAGGGGCAUGAAGAUCUACGACAGGAUGAACGUGUCAUGCAGCUGUUCGGUUUGGUUAAUACUCUGCUAGAGAACUCUCGGAAAACUUCAGAAAAAGAUCUUUCUAUUCAAAGAUAUUCCGUCAUUCCACUGUCUCCAAACAGUGGACUGAUAGGAUGGGUUCCAAAUUGUGACACCUUGCACCAUCUCAUCAAAGAGUACAGGGAUGCUAAAAAGUUCACUCUAAACCAAGAGCAUAAGCUAAUGCUUAGUUUUGCUCCGGAUUACGAUCAUUUACCUCUUAUAGCAAAGGUGGAAGUGUUUGAGUAUGCUCUACAAAAUACAGAAGGCAAUGACCUUUCAAGGGUUCUCUGGUUAAAAAGUCGUACUUCAGAGGUUUGGCUGGACAGGAGGACCAACUACACAAGAAGUUUGGCUGUCAUGAGUAUGGUUGGUUACUUGCUUGGCUUGGGUGAUCGACAUCCAAGUAACCUCAUGCUUCAUCGAUCCAGUGGGAAGAUUUUGCAUAUUGACUUCGGAGAUUGCUUUGAAGCAUCAAUGAACCGGGAGAAAUUCCCUGAAAAGGUCCCUUUUCGGCUUACUAGAAUGCUUGUUAAAGCUAUGGAGGUCAGUGGUAUUGAAGGAAAUUUUCGCUCAACUUGUGAAAAUGUCAUGCAUGUUCUGCGUACAAAUAAAGACAGUGUUAUGGCUAUGAUGGAGGCGUUCGUGCACGAUCCCCUAAUAAAUUGGCGUCUUUUCAACUUCAAUGAAGUCCCUCAAAUGUCUACUCUUGCAAGCACGCAUGUGCCACCUGUUGUGAAUAGUGAGGAAUCAGCCCCAAAUGGAGAGCUGCUUCAACCACCACGAGGUGCUCGGGAAAGAGAACUCCUCCAGGCUGUGAAUCAACUAGGCGAUGCUAAUGAGGUUUUGAAUGAACGAGCUGUGGUGGUUAUGGCACGGAUGAGCAACAAACUAACUGGGCGUGAUUUCUCUCCAUGUUCUUCGUUGCCAUCUACUUCUAUUCAACAUUCGCUUGACCAUAGUACCCUUAUUUCCGGUGAUACUCGUGAAGCUGACCAUGGUUUAUCUGUCAAAUUACAAGUGCAGAAGCUAAUUCUCCAAGCAACGUCACAUGAAAAUUUGUGCCAAAAUUAUGUUGGAUGGUGUCCUUUCUGGUAAAUUGGAGAUCUCACCGACCGUGUACAGCCCCAAGCCUUCAGGGUACCCUGGUGAUUUAUUUUUCUUCUCUAUGUUAUCCUUGUAAUAUACAAGUGCUUAUAAACUCCUCCGAGCACAGAGUUGUUCCUGGAUUACCUCCCAUGGCAUUUAUGAGUUAUGUUGGCUCUUUGAUGGAGUCGAGUUGAUUAUAUAUAGAUAGCAUAUGUUACUGCUGAAACAUUGUGAAAUAUGAACAGGUCUGGUUGGGAUUUGUUGUAGUCUUUUAUAAUAUGUAUAUAAUGUACAUAAAUAGAGAUCUGUUUGUCAUUUUAAUGAUAUUUCAAAUUCAAAUUGUGCAUUUCA